AGGGCGUGGCCGGCCGGGCGGGGGGCGCGGGUGGGCUCGACGAGGGGGGGAGAUCCGGAGAGGCGGGGGCGGGCGCGCGCGGCGCAUGCGCGCUGCAUUGUUUUGACUGAAAAUGCCGUCGGUUUCGAAAGCGGCGGCGGCGGCGCUGAGCGGGUCCCCCCCGCAGACGGAGAAGCCGACCCACUACAGGUAUCUAAAGGAGUUUAGGACAGAGCAGUGCUCCCUGUUUGUGCAGCACAAGUGCACCCAGCACAGGCCAUUUACCUGUUUCCAUUGGCAUUUCCUAAAUCAGCGUCGGCGCAGACCGCUCCGCAGGCGCGACGGCACUUUCAACUACAGCCCGGACGUGUACUGCUCCAAGUACGACGAGGCCAGCGGCGUGUGCCCGGACGGCGACGAGUGUCCGUACCUGCACCGGACGACCGGGGACACGGAGCGCAAGUACCACCUGCGCUACUACAAGACCGGCACCUGCAUCCACGAGACGGACGCGCGUGGCCACUGCGCCAAGAACGGGCCGCACUGCGCCUUCGCCCACGGCCCUCUGGACCUGCGGCCGCCCGUGUGUGACGUCCGGGAGCUGCAGGCGCAGGAAGCCCUGCAGAACGGCCAGCUCGGUGCCGGGGAUGGAGUCCCUGACCUGCAGCCUGGGGUCCUGGCCAGCCAGGCCCUGAUGGAGAAGAUCCUGGGAGAGGACCCCCGGUGGCAAGACACCAACUUCGUGCUGGGCAGCUACAAGACGGAGCAGUGCCCCAAGCCGCCGCGUCUGUGCCGCCAGGGCUACGCCUGCCCGCACUUCCACAAUAGCAGGGACCGGCGGCGGGACCCCCGGCGGUUCCAGUACAGGUCCACACCCUGCCCCAGCGUGAAGCACGGUGACGAGUGGGGCGAGCCAUCCCGGUGCGCGAGCGGGGACAGCUGUGUGUACUGCCACUCACGCACGGAGCAGCAGUUCCACCCUGAGAUCUACAAGUCAACCAAGUGCAACGACAUGCGCCAGACCGGGCACUGCCCCCGGGGCCCUUUCUGCGCCUUCGCGCACGUGGACACAGAGAGCCUCGGGAUGGCCGGCGACUGGGGCUGCCGCGACAUCGCCCUCACCAGCGUCCCCGCAACCCCCAGCGGGCAGCCCGGACACGCAAAGCGGAGAGAGUCACCUGCCGACGGCAGCCAGAAGGCCAGUGAGCAGGACGGCAAGCAGAGCCACCUGGCGGUGUUGGCAGUGGGUCACCCCCUCGCUCCCAGCGUGAGUUCCAGCCUCGCGUCCAGCCUGGCGUCCAGCACCGGCUCAGGCGGCUCCUCGCCCACCGCUCUGCCGGCCCUCUCGGCCCGCACCCACCCGCUGGACCCUUCCGGCAGCGCCGGCGAGGGCGUCCCAGGAUCCACCCUAGACCUUCACCUCGGUGACAUCAGUCUUGCGCCCCCGGAUAAGGACCUGGAGGAGCACGACGGCCGUGACCUGGGACCCACAGGUCAGAGGUCGCUGGGGGGCUCGGCUCCCGUGGCCAUCCCAGGCUGCCUGCCGCGCUCCCCGUCCCUGCACUCCUCCUCGUCCCUGUCCGCCUCCCCGCUCAGCUCCUUCUCCCAGCCCCUGCCGGGCCCGCUCAUCUCCUCGGCCAUGACGCCCCCCCAGCAGCCGCCGCCCCUCAAGUCAGAGCCCAGAGCGCUGGGCCCCGCAGCCUCGUCCUACAACUCCUUCGGCUUGAACGGCGUCCCCGGCAGCAUCUGGGACUUCGUCUCCGGCAGCUUCUCUCCCAGCCCGUCCCCCAUCCUGAACGCCGGCCCCGCAGCCUCCUCAGGCGUGAGUCCCAGCAGCGCCGAGCUGGCCCGGGUCCGGCGGCAGCUGGACGAGGCCAAGAGGAAGAUCCGGCAGUGGGAGGAGUCCUGGCAGCAGGUGAAGCAGGCCUGCGACGCGUGGCAGCGGGAGGCCAAGGAGGCCAAGGAGCGGGCGCUCGCGGCCGACAGUGCCCGGCAGCUGGCGCUGCAGAAGAAGGAGGAGGUGGAGGCGCAGUUCCGACGGCUGCAGGAGGAGCUGGAGGGCCGGGGCUUGGCCUCCGCGCUCCCCGGGCUGCGAGGUUGCGGCGACAUCGGUGCCAUCCCUCUCCCCAAGCUGCACUCGCUGCAGAGUCAGCUGCGCCUGGAUUUGGAGGCGGUGGACGGGGUGAUCUUCCAGCUGCGGGCGAAGCAGUGCGUGGUGUGUGGGGAGCGGGCGGGCGCCGUCCUGCGGCCCUGCCAGCACCGCGUGCUCUGCGAGCCCUGUGCGGCCAGCGCCCCCGAGUGCGCCUACUGCGCAGGCCAGCCCCUGCCGUGGUGACCGCUGCCUCACCUGCUUCCUGGUGCCACCGACGUCGCGACCGCAGCCCCGCGCGGCCCACCCAUGGCCUUGGACUCUUCCUCGCAGACCCUGAUGCCCCACGGGGCGUGAAGGCAGGGUGACCCCUCGGGGUCUGCGGUCCUGACGCCACUGUGACUGGAUCCUGGGAGCUCGAGUCCCGAGAAGCACUUUGUAGACGCAAGAGUUUAGGUAGAGGUUCUGAGGUGCUCUGAGCUGCUUUGAGGUUCGUGUUUUUAAUAUGCGAUAAUAUGAAGCUUUACACGUGUACUGUGAACAGAGCACUUCCUCUCGGUCUCUCUCAGCCUGUAGCACGGCAACCAUGCUAGUUCCUAUGAGAUUAGUACUUAUGAAGUGAGCAUUUAUCUAGUAGUGAGAGAUACCUAGGAUUUUUACAGUUUUCAAAUUAAGUGCAAACCAAUAGUAUUUAUAGCAGAGUGAUUAUUGAGAGACAUACACAUGUAGAUGAAAUUUUAUGAAGGGAACUCACUUCCUGAACGUGUGCACAGUAACUGCAGCGUCAGUGGCAGCCUGUGGCCGCAGGCCCCGACCAAGUGCCUCCGCCUCGGAGAGCCGGGGAUGGCGCAUCCCUCCUCCCUGGACAGGCCAGCGUGUGUGAGUCUGCGGGGCAGUGGGAGGGGCCUCGGUGCUCCCCUCCCCCAGGCUCGCUGGUGGGCGCCCGGCUGGAGCCACGCCCACAGUCGCCCAACAGCGUGGGAGAUACUGUUGCCAGGUCUGUCUGUCCAGGUGGUGUGAUCACAUGACCACAGCUGGGGGAGGACCUGGCCACCGUGAGCGCUGUGCGGGGCAGGGUGGCGGCAGGGCUGCUGGGAACAGGUCGGCUCAGUGCCGGCUUCGGGCUCUCCUGUCUGCGUCGGGUCACUUUUCCGAGGAAUCCAGGAGGAAGUAAAAGGUGUAGUUGACCGAGACCUUACUUGCAGACAUGGAUAGGGCAAGGAUCUCCCCGGAGUCUGCUGCAGGCACGAAGCGGGGACUGGGCCCUGGCCUGAAAGGGACGAGCCGCCCCUGCCCGCCUGCCUGGGGCUGUGCCAAAGACUUUAUAUAGCAUUUUUUUAAAGUGCAAAGUGACUAGGUAAAAAUUUUUAUCAGUGACCAAAUUAGAAUGUAUUUACUACAGUGAGAGGUUGAAAACCUUUUUUUAACGUAAGACACACUGAUGGGAAAGCUGUCAUUCAAAGGUGGGUCCAUGGCUCCGUGCAGCUUGCCCGCUGCUAACGGUAACUGACUCAGUUGUGGUGAACCUUCUUUGUUUCAAUUAUAGUGAUGAUGAUUUAUUAGCUCUUAGAAAUUACCUAUAUUUUGUGCUACUGUUAUCACUGUUUAAAGUUUAUUUUUAUUAAUAUUUAUGCACUUGUUUCCCAUGGCAGGCCUUUGGCCUUCCAGGGAAAUGGGACAAUGUCUGUAAUCGACAUCUAGCCUAGACAUUUUCAAAUUAUAAACAGGAACAAUUAAGCUUUAGGUGUAUUUAUAAGCUACUCCGGUCAGUACUCUCUGUGGGGCUUGGGGAACUGGAGGCGCACCCCUCAGGUACUUGCUGGCUCUGAGGACAGGUGUGGUGGGAAGACCAAAGAACCACUGGGGUGCGGCCCCUGGGGCUGCCCCGGGGCCGGGCUGGCC